UUGUCCCUAUUUUUCAUCUUCAGAAACAUCAGACUCAUUCAUCUCAACUAUUGUUCUUCCAGUCAGACAUCCUCAGUGUUUGUCAAAUCAACCAACUACAGAUCACUUUAUUUGUAUGCAGUUCUUUGAAUGGGACCCUUCCCUCAUAUUUCAUGAACUGUAUUCCUACAAUCAUCAAUUUCACAAUUAUUUCACUCCAAUGACUAUAAACUCAGGCCUCCUGUCUGCCGAACAUCUCAAUUACAGUUUGGUUUAAUUGAUGUUCUGCCAUCUCAUAUUUUGAACUAAGCACCUGCACAAUUUAAGAAAGCCGUUAAAGGUUUGUUUUUACCACAUUGUUAUCCUUAUGGAUUAUCCUUGUAAACUGCCCAAUAAUAAUUAGUCAUUCAAAUUGUAUUUUCAUUACUUUGUGUACUUACUUUCUGCUUUUUUUCUCCAUUCUAACAGAGUAAGGUACGCACUGGAAAGUGUCCUGAUCAAGUCCCUCAGAGGGUUUUAUGUACCUCUCCAUCACAUUUUCUGUUGUUUACGUACAGUAUAUAUUAAUUUGUAUCUUUUGCAUGUGCAUAUGUAAACAAAUAGAAAUCAUAAAAUCAAAUCAAACAGCACUUGCUGAACCUCGACUCUGAUCUGAUUCCCCUCACUCUUCUCUCUUUUUGUCUUGUCUCUCCUUAAGAACACACCCUCAGUUUAUACAUACAGAUGUAAUCAAAUACAUUUCAUGAAGAUAUUUGAAUAUUUCAUGAAUAUUUGAAAUGACACUUCCACUGUAAUCACAAAAAACUAAGAAAUGAACUAAGUUGGUAUUUCAUUUACAGUUUAUUAAAUGGGUAAUUUAGCAUCCAACAAUUUAGCUUUGCACUUCCAUGAAGUAGGGGACUUGGUCGGAAUUGAUGCAUCAGAUAUUCAGACUUUUACUCUCUGAAGUGGGCCAAACUCCAAAAUCCCUUGAUCCUGCCCUCCCCAUAAUGCAAUUUGACUUAUAUUGACUUAUAAACCGUUUUUCCCUCCCUGUUUGCAAUGCAGGCUUUUUGUCUACAUAUAUAGUCGACAAGCUCAUGCCAAGAUGAUUCGAGUGAUGCCGCUCCUCCGGAGUCACAGAGGACAUUUAACCACCUUUUUCGCACACAAUGUGCUUCUAACAAUGACUGGAUAUCUCCUCUUUGUGGAUUCAAGAGAAAGGUAACGUGAGGAAAGCCAGCUGUUUGCCUGUGGAUCUGUCUGUGGACUGUCUGCUUGUGUGUGUGUGUGUGUGUGUUUGUGUGUGUGUGUGAGAGCGCCAGGGGACAAUGCCAGAUUGUGAGAAGCGCUUUUUGGUGCAGCGCAGCCUCACCUUCGCUACAGGUCUGGUGGAGAGCCUGUGUUUCUCCGGGGCCGUGUUCGGAUGGGCUUCUCUUGUUUUUGUCCUCAAGUCGGAGGGAUACUUCCACUCUCUGUGCGUCAACACGACACAAGUCAACACGACACAAGUCAACAACACGGUCUUAGAUUGCAGCGGACAGGAUGAACAGUUCUCUCUCAUCUUCACCAUCGCCUCCUUCAUGAAUAAUUUCCUCACGCUGCAGAAUGGUUUCCUCUUUGACCGGUUUGGCACCACAGUGGCUCGGCUCUAUGGAAUAUUUCUUUACACCAUGGGUACCUUGAUGGUGGCCUUCUCAUCCCCAGCUCUGUCCGUCCUGCUCUAUCCAGCUCUCUCUGUCCUGGCCGUGGGAGGCAUCUUGUUCCUGAUCACAAACAUGCAGGUGGGGAAUCUGUUCGGCACUCAUCGCUCCACCAUCAUCACUCUCUACAAUGGGGCCUUUGACUCUUCCUCAGCACUCUUCCUGGUCAUCAAGUUGUUAUAUGAGUCUGGCGUCUCUCUCUGCGCCUCUUUCCUGUUUCUGUCUGCCUGCAGCAUCAUUCACCUGCUCAGGACUUUCUUCCUGCUGCCCAAAGGGAUCAUCCCCUACCCGCUGCCUGAAGGUUACACAUACGGGAUAACCUGUGGUAAAUCAAAGAGUUCAGAGCAGACAGUGGCGAAUGGCAACGCAGAUAGAGAGACAGAGGAAAUGCCACUCGACAAGGGCGCCCCUGUAAAAGAAGUUAAGAGUUUCCGUGAGUGUUUACUGUCCAGGUUAUUCUUGGUGCAUCUGUCCUGGUUGUCGGUGAUGCAGCUCAGACAUUACCUGUUCAUCGGCACCCUCAACCCCAUGCUGCAGCGGCUGACGGAGGGAGAGCCCUCACUGGUGAGCCAGUACACCAAUGCUUUUGCUAUCACUCAGCUGUGUGGCGUGCUGUGUGCUCCGUGGAACGGCCUCAUCAUGGACAGACACAAGGGCAAACCUCGCGCUGCAGGAGAGACUGAACAGGAGGCAGACCUGCGGGCCUCGGUGCUUUCUCUCUUCCUGACGACGCUGCAGUGCGUGCUGUUCUCAGUUUGUGCCGCCACCCCGUACCUGCCGGUGCAGUACCUCACCUUCAUCCUGCAGGUGGUCAACCGCUCCUUCCUCUAUGGUGGCAACGCAGCCUUCAUCAGCAUUGCUUUCCCAUCAUGUCACUUUGGGAAGGUUUACGGCGCGGUCAUGGCUCUGUCUGCAGUGUUUUCAGUGCUGCAAUAUCCGUGCUUCGCCCUGGUGAAAGGACCUCUGAAUGGAGAUCCUUUAUAUGUGAAUAUUGCUCUGACACUGCUCAGCCUGCUGGCCUUCAUCAAUCCCCUCUAUGUCUACCUGCACUGUCGAAGUCUUGCCUCACAGCGAGCCAAGAGCAUCGCUGCCUCCUCUUAAAGUCUGUGAAAUGAGAUUCACACUUAAAAUGUCCUUAAUAUCACCAGUGACACUGGUACUUCUUCAGUUUAUCUGAUUGAUAGUGCUUGUGUGGCUGUGUUGCCACAUGUAGUUUCUCCAUUUAUGGAGAAACAUCAAGCGCUUUCCAGUUACUUUCAGAUCACAGUCAAGUGUUGUUUCGGGUACAGUCAUAGUACAUUUGCCACACUCUUCUCUGAGCAUGUUCACAGUUUGAAUGUUUCCAUAUAAAUGACUAGCUUCUGGGCCCGUAAUUAUCAAACUACCAAAUGUAAAAUUUUUGACUUAAGUGAAGGAUAAAAGAAAAAAUGAUUUACUUUUACUCCUACUCACAAAACUUAGGAAUAAAAACUAUAAAACUUCUUCAAACCUCUAGAGCAGAUUGUAGAUGACUGCAGUACAGAAAAAGAGCUGAGCGCUCCUCUGUUUUCUGUCUUAUUGAUGAAAUGAUACAUUACCGAAGCAGUAUUAUUAAGAAUAGAGUUGUUUUUUUAGUAUAUUAUUAAUAUUUGAGAGAAUGUUAAACCACUUCUUCUUUUUUCAAAGUUUAACAUUUACCAGGGGUGCAAACAAACAACAAGUACACAUCUGGAAUUGAUCAACUGAUUUAAUGUUAUUAUAUCCUGUGAGGACUGCCUAAAAGCAAAAAAUGAAACAUUACUAACCUCUAAGAGGAUAUCCGAUCACUCUCAGAUGGACUGCAAAAAAAGGACUCUCCUUUGUCUGAUUUUAUUGACACACUGACGUGUGUUCACCUCAUUGGUACAAAUUCCCGAAACUGAAUCACUUCUGGCACAGUCCUCCUCCAAGUCCAUGUGAUAUUAUUCUCAACUAGAAAGCACUUUGGGUCACCUCCUGUUGUUUUUAAACGUGUUAUAUACAUAAAAGGGACUUGUCUUGAUUUAUCUAUUUACACACUAUAAAUAUAUUAUAUAGUUGUUGAUUGCACAUGUGUGUUAUACCCAGAGAUUUAAAGAUUCCACACAAAUAAAAUGAACUUUUUAAAAACUUAAUUUAUAUGUUCUUGCAGAAGAACACACAACAGUGCAGAUUUUUUUUAAUAUUAAGAAUAUGCCAGAUGUAGGGUCAGUCCAUUCUUUCAUGUGAUCACUUGACAGUUGUCCUUAAAACUUUUACACUUUGCUGUAAGUACGAGUAAGUCACUUGAUAAAUGCAUCUUAUUGCUCAUAUUCAGCCAAAAGUGUUUUUACUCUUAAGUUGGUUCUUUAGAGCUUAAAAGUUUGAUAAAUACAGGUCCUGAUGUGCAGCCUGCUGCGGCUGACAAUGAGCAUAAACUCCAGCUGUUGUCAAAUUUUCAGGAUGCAUCAUUUUAUUUUUAUACACACAUUUGAUUUUUUAAAGUGAUCUGAUGCAUGAAUCAAACCGUUUAACACUUUCAGCUGAUUUCUAAAGUAUCAAACACGCAGUGCUGAUGGGAUUUUUAACCGAGCUUUAACAAGUUUAAGUUUUAUCUGUUGUUUUAUUUGCCAUUUUUGGUAAAAUUACUCAUAUUGGCUGCUCUGAUUCUUUAUGUUUCCAUAACUGUGAUGUGUCCUAUGUUGCUUUUUUUUAAUUUAAUCCCAUAAUUUAACAUGCAUCUUUGUGUUUUUGUAUGCUAUGUGUUUUACCAGCUACCAGCAGCACCAUAGCUGUGGUAGCUUCAGAGUGCCAGGUGAUAACGCACUUUAUUGAGCAAAGCUGAAAACAUGGUUUAUAUCAGUGUGGACCUCUUCAAGUUAUCUCUAUCUAAAUUUUUUAAUCUUAAAAUGAUAGUAUAGGACAGUAGGAUGCUGAGUGUAGUGACAGCAUUAGAGAUAUUUAGAAGCCAGAAUCACAAAUAUCAAUCUGUGUUGUUUUAAUUAAGAGUAUCAGUGAUUUGCAGGUGAAAAAAGACGACUCGUUCUUUGACAAUCCAGUGAAGCUUUACUGUUAGAACAAAGGUCCUAUUUGCUCACUAACAUGAUGUCUAUGCACUGUUCUCAUGCGAGUUCAUUCAGAUUCAUCAGUGCAGUUCAGUUUCAGCGCUCUGUGAGGAAAGUAGAGCAGGCAGCACAGCUCUGCCAUCUGCUGGCCUCACAGUGACCCUGUUAGCGACCUCUCUGCCAAAUAUUGACCAACAGUAAUGAGCUCACUUCAUGUUUUAGUUGCAUCCAACAUAUGAAGUCUCAGGUGUGUAUGUGAGUAGCAGAAUUUGGGGUCAUGAAGGAUUCAGACUUCCAGUGGAAAUGUACCAUAAUAAUGUCGUAAAGGAUUAUAAAGGGAAAUAUGUCACCUACAGUUUUUUACCAGUAAGUUUAUGUUUCAGGUAGACGGUGUAUUUUUCUAAAGUGCCAAGAUUUGCCUUGUGGUAAUGUUGUUGUAUUGUAACUAUAAAUAUGCAAAUUCUGAAAUAUAUCUUUUGAUAUGA